AUGGUUAUCGGGUCGGAGCCGGGUGACGGGAGCUCCGAUUCCUCAGGCGGAUGGAGCGUGGCUCGUGGGUUAGUGGUGAAGACGCUGGUGCUUAUAGGUGGAGCUCUUGUGCUGAAGCGGCUUACAAAGUCCACCACCCGCUGGGACCAUGCCCGCCUUGUUUCUCGUUCUAUUUCCGGCGAGAAGUUCUCCAAAGACCAAGCAGCUAGAGAUCCUGACCAUUACUUCAACAUCAGGAUGGUUACUUGCCCAGCAGCUGAAAUGGUGGAUGGUUCUAAGGUCUUGUAUUUUGAACAAGCUUUCUGGAGGACUCCUCAGAAGCCCUUUCGUCAGAGAUUUUAUAUGGUGAAGCCUUGCUCCAAAGAGUUGAAAUGUGAUGUUGAGCUAAGCUCAUAUGCAAUUAGAGAUGCGGAGGAGUACAAGAAUUUCUGUGAUCGCUCAAAGGACCAGCGCCCGUUGCCUGAAGAAGUUAUCGGGGAUAUUGCAGAGCAUUUGACAACAAUACAUCUGAGACGUUGUGAGCGUGGGAAACGCUGCUUAUAUGAAGGUUCAACUGCGCCUGGCAGUUUCCCUAAUCUAUGGAAUGGAGCAGCAUACUGUACUUCGGAACUUUCAAUUCUUAAAAAUAAUGAGAUACAUGCCUGGGAUAGGGGAUAUGAUGGCGAUGGAAAUCAAGUUUGGGGACCAAAGGAAGGUCCAUAUGAAUUCAAGCCUGCACCUGCCUCUAGUACCAAUGACAUGUUUUCUUCUUUAAAUUUUCCUAUUCAGCAGUCUUUGGAGAAAAGAAUAGAGGGUUCAUUUGUAUUGCAAGAAUAA